AACCACGCACUGAGCCCAUUGGAAAUGUAAUUGCUAGCGUUGCGCUUCUAUGCAUCAGGAAGCUUUUUAAUUACAGUGGCUGAUUUCUGUGGAGUGAGUACGUCCACUGCAAGCCGAGUAGUCAAAAGAGUCUCCUAUGCAAUUGCAGAACUUUCGAGAGAGUAUAUUAAAAUGCAAAAAAAAAGUGCAGAAUUGGAAAUUGUUAAUCGUAGUUUUCAUCGGAUUGCAAAUUUCCCAAAAGUCGUUGGAUGUAUAGACUGCACCCAUGUAAAGAUCCAAUCGCCUGGUGGAGUAAACGCCGAAAUAUUCCGAAAUCGGAAAGGGUACUUUUCGUAUAAUGUACAAGCAGUCUGCAAUGCAAAUCUGGAGAUAACUGAUCUUGUAUGUCGAUGGCCUGGCUCCGCACAUGAUGCCAACAUUUUUAAUAAUAGCCGUAUUAAGCAUCGUUUUGAGCUAAAUCAAUUCAAGGAUUGCUUUAUACUAGGCGAUAGUGGGUAUGGUGUCAGUAGAUACAUGAUGACGCCGCUUUUACAUCCUAACACUGCUGCGGAACGGUUGUAUAACGAGUCUCAAAUCAGAACCAGAAAUUGCGUAGAGAGGUGCUUUGGCGUGUGGAAGCGUCGCUUUCCAGUGCUUUCCGCAGGAUUAAGAGUUUCGCAAAAUACCGUUAUGGCAGUUAUUGUAGCCUGCGGUGUUUUACAUAACAUCGCGCGGCAAAAUAGAGAUGCGGAUCCAUCCGAAGAAGAGAAUUUUACUGCUGAAGAGUCCACUGAAAAUGCAAUGGAGGCAGAUGAAUCCACGACCGAAACGCCAGGAGUCUCUUUUAUGAGGUCGAGUUUAAUCAGAGACUAUUUUGCAAGUUUAUAAAGGAAUACUAGGAGUGCCAGUUACUGUAUUAAUAUUCGAAUUCGG